AGUCAGCAGUCCACAGAUCAAGGUCUACAAUCGACAAAUAGUCUAUCGCAAUUUUGUUGAACCACAACAGCUAAUUCGUGUGUCAAUUUCAUUUUAAAAGCUGGGGUUUCUCCUGACAUUUUGUUUGACGAUUGACUUGCAUAAGCUACUCACGUGACUCGAAAAGCCAAGAUUUUAAUUGUUUAUCGUUGGCAUUUUCAUCUAUCGCAUCCACACAGUUAGUCGUCGUGUAAUCAGCUUAACUCGAUUGCCGUCAGUCGAUUGUUAAAGAUACAACUGGUGCAACGGACCCGGACAGUGCUUAUCCGUUAAAAGGCAAUGACCAGUGGAAACUGGAAACAUUUGGACGUCUACAAAAUUACGGACAAAGUGCUCUUAAUUCAAAGGACAUUACGAAGAUGCAGGUGAAAUGUCUGGCGUUCAGCCUACUGUUAGUGAUGCUGACGUCGGUUAACGGGGAACGUGCAGUUUGCACCGAGGACUACACGCCCUGUACAUGCGAUUCGUCGACGGGAAGGUGGGUUGUUAUUUGCGAUCAGGUACCUAUUGAGCAGGUCAAGGUGUUGUUCGAUCGCACCCCACCCCAAGAUCUCGCUUCAUUCAAACUGACGACGGCCAUCGGCGAGACGAAUGGUAUCCCAGAAAAUUUGCUCGGUAAUUCACGUACAAGUGCAAUCACAAUUAACUGCCUGGAGGCUUCCUACGAGUUGCAAAUCGACACCGAUGCUUUCAUCUCGUCGGCGAAUUUCACAAAAACUGUUUCUAUCAACGGUUGCUAUUUCAUCCAGCAACGCAAUUUCACGUUCUUGUCCGGCUUCGGAGACAUGACUAGCCUCAACAUCUACAAUUCAAGAAAUUUCACCAGUUUUUUGGGUAUCCCAUCUCAGUCCAGCUUGUAUUACAUUUCUAUCGUCAAUUCUCGUGGGUUUGAGACGUUGCUGGACAGCGAAGCUGUGGCUUUGCCCGGACUCCGCAUUCUCUACUUGUACGACAACGACCUGAACGAUCUUGCUGUGUCGAAGAUUUUGAAUGCCUUGGCGCUGUCUUCGCUCCAAUCUCUAGAAGAGCUGAGAUUGUACAACAAUCGAUUAACAAAAAUCCCAGCAAUGAUAUCAUCCUUCAGUAAAAUAAGCCAAUUAAUGAUGGAAAACAAUAAGAUUGACUUGAUUAGUACACGUUCUUUGGCUUUUUACGGUGAGGUCAGCUAUCUUCAUUUAGGAAACAACAACAUCCAAUACAUAGAACCCAGCGCUUUUGGAGCGCACAGGUUUGGCUUGGUUUACCUCCACCAGAACAGUUUGACUCACUUUGAAUCUUACGUCUUUCAAGUGAUGUUGGAGGGAAUGGUGCAAGCUGGCUACGGAAGUGUAUCCCUUUUCCAAAAUCCUAUUGAGUGUGACUGUCACCUGGCUUGGUUGAUUUAUUACAAACAAAACCUAUUGCCAUUCGUCGACGGUGGGCAAUGCUCCAAUUCUACAUUGCUUACCGACCUGAAUGCGGAUGCUUUAAGGGAUUGCCCAGCGUUUACCUGCCCCGAAAACAUUGACGGCAAUUUCCCCAAUCCGUUAUCAUGCACGUCCUAUUACACCUGCAGCAGCCAAGACGCUGUCCUUGUCGAGUGUCCGGGUGGUCUCGUCUUUAAUCCCGCGUACCAAUUGUGUGAUUGGCCUUACAACGUGCCGACAUGUAACUUUUGAUAACUGACGCUUAUCAAAUUGCGACCUUCUUGUAUCGGGGAAUGUAAAACGUUGGUCUGGAAUGUGUAAUAAAAAUUCGUGUCAAUCAGG